AUGGUAGGAAAGGCUAGAUCUUCCAAUUUUACCUUAUCUGAAAAGCUUGAUUUGCUAAAGCUUGUGAAGCCAUAUGUGAAAAUUCUCGAAGAACACACUAAUAAACAUUCAGUAAUAGUGGAAAAGAAUAGAUGUUGGGAUAUCAUAGCAGUUAACUAUAAUGCAAUUGGAGUAGACCGCCCUCCUCGAACAGCGCAGGGCCUACGCACCCUUUACAAAAGGCUCAAAGAAUAUGCCAAACAGGAGCUAUUGCAGCAAAAAGAGGCCCAAUCAGAUUUUAAAAGCAAUAUUUCUGAGCCAACCAAGAAAGUUAUGGAGAUGAUUCCCCAGAUUUCCAGUUUUUGCCUGGUAAGAGACAGGAACCACAUACAAAGUGCAAACUUGGAUGAGGCUGCACAAGCUGGCACCAGUUCACUACCGGUGAUGUUGGAUCACCGUCCUGUUGCUAUUACAGUGGAGGUGAAGCAAGAAGAAGACAUUAAACCACCUCCUCCACUGGUUUCAAAUCCUCCACACAGUGAUACUUUAGAACAAAGAGAAGAACAUGAAUUAGUACAUGUAAUGGAAAGAUCUUUGUCACCAUCACUUUCCUCUGUUGAUAUGAGAAUGACAUCGUCUCCAUCUUCUGUUCCAAGGAGAGAUGAUUUUUUUCGGCAUGAGAGUGAAGAACACAUUAGGUCACUAUUAGGGUAUGAUCCCCAGAUUCUGCAAAUGUUAAAAGAAGAGCAUCAGAUAAUUUUAGAAAAUCAAAAAAAUUUUGGAUUAUAUGUUCAGGAGAAGAGGGAUGGAUUGAAAAGAAGGCAGCAGCUAGAGGAAGAGCUACUAAGAGCAAAAAUUGAAGUGGAGAAGCUGAAAGCAAUUCGCUUACGGCAUGAUUUACCUGAAUAUAAUAGUCAUUAA